AUGCUGUUGGGUGAAUUCGAUACGACCCGGCGACUCCUGUUUAUUGUGGCGGUGCUGCUGAUUGUGCUGUAUGCGAAGAACUACCUUCUGCCGGGUGCUGAUCUGGACUACGUUUGAAUGAGCUAACAAUCCCUCGGGGAUCUAACAACAAUGACGGACA